AUUUUGGGUUCAAGGUUGGUAUUUUUGGUGAACUGCGCUAUCUCGGUCACUUGCGGCGAAGGUCGAUUUACAGCCAAUCGUUGGACAGUACACUCGACUGCCUCUCAAUGAAAACAUGUCAGCUUCCACGAAACAUACAUCAACUAAAAGAAGAGUUACCGGUGAGAGAAAAACCAUCAAAGAGUUAGCUGCGUUAUCAAAAGUAAAGGAGAAAGAAAUUGAAAAGCCUGAUGUUGUCGAGACUGUGGAUGAUGAUGAGCCGUGGGCACCAGCAGCUUACACUGUGUUCAAAAUUGUUAUGUCUGCCAGGUUAUGUGCUGCUGCAUGGAAUAUUGUAGGGGAUUGUGAUGAAACAUAUAAUUAUUGGGAACCAACCCAUUAUUUGAUGUUUGGGAAGGGUUUUCAGACAUGGGAGUACUCACCAGUGUAUGCCAUACGUUCCUAUGCAUAUCUCAUGCUUCAUACGUUACCAAUGCGACUGUAUGGACUGUUUACAACACCCAACCCUGUGAUGCUGUUUUUUAUAACUCGAUGUGUGCUGGCAUUUGUCUGCUCAUUAUGUGAGGUGUUCUUUUACAAGGGAGUAUGUAAACAGUUUGGGAAUAAUGUUCUCGUUGAUGUUUUUUUCAAAUCAAAGGCUGGAAUUUUAUUCAUCAUCAGCGACUCCCAAGUAUUUUCUGCAUUGUACUAUUUUCCUGAUUUUGGGGGAUUUUCCGGACUAUGGGUAGCUAUCAUGGCCACUGCAGCUAGUACCAUUCUUGGCUGGCCAUUUGCAGGAAUAAUUGGGGCUCCAAUUGCUCUUGACCUAUUGUUACGACAAAGAAAAAUCAAGUUUUUUGUAUUGUGGUCUUUACUAGCCCUUGUUACAUUCCUGUGGCCAAUGAUUCAGUUAGACAUGUAUUAUUAUGGGAAGUUAGUUGUCGCACCACUUAAUAUUGUCAUGUACAAUGUAUUCACUGACCAUGGACCAGAUCUAUACGGAGUAGAACCAUUCUCAUACUACAUCCUCAAUGGUUUGCUGAACUUCAAUGCUGUCUUUGUGUGGGCACUGUGCUCUCUACCUUUUGUGAUUGUGUAUAAUGUAUGGACAAAGGAGAAAGAAAGAGGAAUACCAUGUUGGCUAGCACUUUCUGCCAUGUAUAUAUGGUUCUUAAUAUUCUUUACCAGGCCACAUAAAGAAGAGAGGUUUCUGUUCCCAGUGUAUCCACUGAUUGGAUUGAGUGCUGCAUUAACAAUAGAUUAUAAACAGAAAUGUUUCAGUAAAUUUUUUCCUGGGAAUAAACUAUACAACUAUGCAGAAAACACAAGUUGGAUCUCGAUGGUUGCUGGGAUCUUUUUCUCCCUGAUGUCAAUAUCAAGAGUUAUAGCCCUUUAUCAAGGAUACCAUGCCCCACUAGACUUGUUUGUUGAGCUGAAUAAGAUAGCUUCAGAUCCUAAGAUACACAAUUUACCGGAGGAUAGACCUGUUAAUGUGUGUGUUGGCAAGGAGUGGUACAGAUACCCUAGCUCAUUCUUCCUUCCUGCACAAAACUGGAACUUGCAGUUUUUACAGUCAGAAUUUAAAGGUCAGUUACCUAAACCAUACUCUAAUGAGCCUCAUGCCACAAGACAGAUACCUACACAUAUGAAUGAUGUCAACAAAGAGGAACCUACCAGAUAUGUAAAUAUAUCCAAGUGUCAUUACUUUGUGACCUUGAGCGGCCUCGAGAAAGACUGA